AAGUUUGUUGCGUCACGAUGACGUACACUCACGCUACGUCAGACUUUCUUGGUGGAAUGGCUACAUUUAGAUGUAAGAAAGGGACUUGCACCUUGCAAAGUUUCUGACAUUCAAAAAACCCGUGUCGGUCCUUUUGCUUCUACAUACAGUGUCCAAAGAAUUGCUUUUGUCGUGGAGCUGUCCUCUCGUCUAAGCACGUGACCUAUCCACCUCCAUUUUUGACGAUGAACGUCGUCGUAGGCAGAAUCUAGGAUUGACCAGACCCAAUCCUUUCAAGGACAGCGCCACCACCGCUGUUGCCUCCGCUGCCGUCGAUGACGACGACGAUGGUGGAAACUACAAGGGAGGGAUGGGGAUGGGUCCAGUCUCUCGCAGCGGCCAGAGCCCAGAUAUACGUGGAGAUGGCCAGUGCGUGGCGACGCGUGCGAAGGUUCUUCUUCCCCAAGAUGCUGAUGGCGGCGGCAGCCUCGCUUCUGGUGGCUGGCCUGGUGCAGCAGAGUCCUAACGUACAGCUGGAGCCCCUGGACGUCCUGGUGUAUAGCAGCAUCUAUUGCUCCUGGGCCGUCUUCUGCUUGCCGGACAUCCUCAUCCGCUUCAAUUUUCGCUUCAUUCGGCGGACACUCGUCAUUAUACUCCUGCUAUACCAAUCCGAGCUGAGUAUGUCAAUCUGGCAGUUCGUGCGAAGUCAUGUGACUGAGCUGAAUCCAAUGACCGAGAUCCCAGGGAUUCUGGGGCCAGGUCUGCAGUGGAUCCAAGGCGCCGCCACAUCUCUCAGGUUCGUUCUGCUGCUGACCUGCCUGAGUACCACGGUCAUGGCGUACCUCUACGACUGGCCUGAACUCUUCGACGACAACUUCCUUGAUAACUUUGACGAUCCCGAGGAGCUCAGCUAACCGGCCAUUCGGGAUCCCCCCUCUCCCUAACUCCCCAAAGCAUUUCGGUGGAGACAGAGAUCUGUACAGUUCUCUGGUGGAGGGUUACGUGACUAGUCUGAGCACUACUUUUGUUGCAAAGGAUAAGAGAGAUCGGGGUGGUGAUUGUUGCAGAAGAAUGGUAAGUGUGCGCUUGAGGGAACAGAUAAGUCUUGUAUUGAUAUAUUGUAAUUUGAAAUUUUGGUGAAAUUUGUUUUUCUUGCUAUAACGCCAGAUAAGUGUAUGGUCAGUGAUGAGCGAUAGCGAAAUCCCAUCGACGGUCUUCUCGCGACUCGAUUCCAGUUUUUCUUGUCGUAGACUGUGACAUAUAUUUUGGGGAUUUAAAUUAGUUUCUUCGUCUCUAAUCUGUCGUGACUUUCGUCAUUCGUUCUCUUUUCCACUGAGCUUGUAUGCUUCCUGUCUGCUCGCAUCGAUAUAGCGUGUCGUGUAGCCUUCGCCCUGAUCUCAUCAUCUUCAUCUUGGUCACUAUAACUUUUUAUCCAACUCUCCUGUUUCCUUUUUCUUUCUCCUCUCCUUCACCACCAUACCCACCCCGCCAUCAUCCCAACCAUCAAGUUCACCCGGUAUGAAUUGUUGUGACCGGUGUGUAGCAACAGCUUCCAGGCGGCUCGGGGGAAAGUGAGUGCGAACAGGUAGACGUUUGCAACUAAAGUAAAAUAGUAAAAUAUUGACCAAAAGCGUAUAGACUAUUUAGUAAGCCAGAAUCAAAAAGGACAGUCAUCUCAUCAGCGUAGGUGCCGAAAAUUGAACGUUGACUUCAGUGCUCAGAUACAAAACUUAGAAAAAAUUUAAGUCUAUGAAAUUUGAAGGGCAGCAAUGUAAAUAUUGAAAAACACUUGAUACAAAAUAAGUAUGAAUAGUGUGUGUGGAUGGGGAGGGAGGAGUGUCUAGCCGUAUACCUGUGCUGGUGGGAUGACUGUCCUUUUCAUCUGGAACUUCGCGAUUAUCUGUGAUUAUCUUUAGCGAGCUACAAUGCUACAAUGUGCUACACACCUGAUCAUUGCCGCAAUAUGCAUUAACCUGUCAACUACUCAUGGCAUUACGGACCGGGUGCACCACCACAUUCUUUCUUUUUUUGUCCUACUUUCUCUCCACUCUCUCCAUGCAGUUUACGUCCAACCGGAAGCAGCAUCUGGAAAUACGCCAUCGGUUUUUAUUGAUUAAUAAGGUACUAAUUUAUUGAUUUAUUAAAUUGUGUAUAUGAGCUGACUUGGAGGUGGGAUAUUAAAAAAAUUAUUAUCAACUAGCAAUAUACUCCUAGCUUUUGUAUUUCACGAGCAGCGGAUAAAAGUCUUUCGCUCAUGUGUCGGGAAUGAAUAAUAACCCUGGUGUGUACAGAAAUUUAUUGUUUUAAUCUACAUUAAAAGUCUCAUAUAUCAAA